AUGCGGCGGGAGCUGAGCAACCGCAGGAAGAUCCUGGUGAAAAACCUGCCCCCGGACAGCCACUGCCAGGAGGUUCAAGAUUUGCUAAAAGACUAUGAGUUAAAGUAUUGUUAUGUGGACAGAAAUAAACGAACAGCUUUUGUUACCUUAUUGAAUGGAGAACAAGCACAGAAUGCAAUCCAGACGUUUCAUCAAUAUUCUUUCCGAGGAAAAGACUUAAUAGUCCAGCUCCAGCCGACAGAUGCUUUGCUAUGUAUUACCAACCUGCCCAUUUCUUUCACAUUAGAAGAGUUUGAAGAACUUGUUCGUGCUUACGGAAAUAUUGAGAGAUGUUUUCUGGUCUACAGCGAAGUUACUGGCCACUCCAAAGGCUAUGGGUUUGUGGAGUACAUGAAGAAGGGCUUUGCUGCCAGGGCCCGAUUGGAGCUGUUGGGUAAACAGCUAGGAACAUCCGUUCUCUUUGCACAAUGGAUGGAUGUUAACCUGCUGGCCUCAGAGCUCAUUCAUUCCAAGUGCCUUUGCGUUGACAAACUCCCCAGUGACUACAGGGAUUCAGAAGAGCUGCUACAAUUUUUUUCCAGUGUUCAUAAACCCGUGUUUUGCCAGCUCGCACAGGAUGAAGGUCGCUGUGCGGGGGGCUUCGCGGUGGUUGAAUAUGGCACGGCCGAGCAGGCAGAGGAGGCCCAGCAGGCCACAGUCGGGGCAACCAUCCAGGGGAGCAGAGUCCGGGUCUCCUUCUGUGCCCCAGGAGCACCAGGGCGGAGCACAUUAGCUGCACUGAUAGCAGCUCAGAGAGUGGUGCACAGUAAUCAGAAGGGCUUACUUCCAGAGCCAAAUCCAGUGCAAAUCAUGAAGAGUUUAAACAAUCCUGCCAUGCUACAGGUUCUCCUACAGCCCCAGCUGUGUGGGCGAGCUGUCCAGCCAGCGGCUCUUGGAACACCUCACAGCUUGUCACAUCUGAUGACUCCCUCCAUCUCUCCUGCGUUUUUACAUCUGAAUAAAGCACACCAGAGCUCAGCUGUGGGUAGCACUUCCCGUUUACUCCUCCAGAACCUUUCUCGAGUGCCACUGGCCCAGCAGCAGUUGGUGAAGUUUGAGAAUAUUCACAUCAAUAAUAAACCUGGCUUACUUGGAGACCCCCCAGCUGUGGUCCUUCAAACUGCCCUGGGCAUAGGGCCAGUGCUUCCCCUGAAGAAGGAACUGGGACAUCAGGGAGAAGCUCGUACAACAUCUAGUCUGAUUACAACUCAAACACCUGCAGCAGCUGGAACAGGCCUGUCAAUGUUCUUUCCAAGUCAACACAUCACGGGGCAGGCUGGGUCCGGGCACAGUGGCGCUCAAGAGAAACUAUCAGCCCCCGUGGGAGCAGCAGAAGGGGCUUUCUCAGGGUCCCAGCCUUAUCUUCAGACCUUUCCAAAUCUCACUACAGAAGGCUUGGUGACAAGAGGCCACGGGCAGCAGCAAAGCCAGCCAAAGGGCACAGAGGCUGCCUCUAAGAAUCAGACUUCACUCUUGGGAGAACCUCCAAAAGAGAUUCGGCUCAGUAAGAACCCGUAUCUGGACUUGGCAAGCGUGCUGCCCAGUGCGUGUUUACCACCCUCUGCAAGUAAAACUGCUCUUCAGAAGGCUGGAAUUGCAAACACCAUUCUGGACGCAAUCUCUCAGGGAAGUGAAUCUCAGCACUUGCUGGAAAAGUGCACUGCUUACUCCCUACCUUUCAGAGACUAUGCACAGGUGUCGUCUUUAAGAAAUGAAAAACGAGGAUCAUCGUAUCUCAUCUCUGCCCCAGAGGGUGGUUCAGUGGGAUCUGUGGACCAGCAUUCUCAGGGCACAGGAGCAUAUUAUGUGGAAACCUACUUAAAAAAGAAGCGUGUAUACUAAUUUUGGC